AUGUCAGAUACCUGUAUUGUGUGCUUAGGCGACCUUGGCGAAGGCGACAGUCGCAGCCUCGAUGCCGCUGACGUCGUGCCAAGACUAGACGACGGGGAGAGCGACACGCCCAAGGCGAGCGUGGAUACGGAGGCUUCUGAGAUCGCCCAUUUACUUCCCUGCGGCCACAACCUACAUAAUGACUGUUUGAAGCCGUGGGUGGAACGGGCAAACAGCUGUCCCAUCUGCAGGCAGAGCUUCAAUGUUGUCGAGCUAAUGUCCAAGAUCGGAGGCCCUGUCACCUCGUCAUAUAUUGUUGAAGACCGAGUUCAGGUGGCGGACAUCGACCCGUCCAUGAUAGUUGAUGAUUUACUUGAACAGGUGGAGGAGUUCCAACCAUGUCCAAUUUGCGGCGAUGACGACAAUGAAGCUGUACUCAUACUAUGUGACGGAUGUGACGUUGCUUCCCAUACAUACUGCGUUGGCCUGGAUUCAGUUCCACCCGGACAAUGGUUUUGUGCCCAAUGCGAGUCCCAGCGUGCACUUCCAGCCGCCCAACCCUCCCAAUCCCGGAGGGCCCAUCGACGCACCCGGGCAGAUCAACGAAGGGUUCGCAAUACCAAUCAAAUGCACGCCUUUCACUGGGCCCGGGUGUGGCAAUCCGUCUGGGAUCAACUCAACCUCGACCUUGACUUUCCAUUUGAUGAUGAAAAUGCCGCAGACCGCAUUCUACAGCAACGAAGACGUGAGGCUUCAAAUGUGAGAGAGUUUAGAGCUUGGGAAAGGAGAUUUCGUGUUGCCGAGCGUCAGGGAGGGUCGAAUCGCUUCCGGGAAACUGCCCCUGCACUGCUAGAGAUGCGACGAGGCUGGCCAUCACGGCCAAGACCUAGAAUCCAAACCCCUGAACCGGAAUCAGUGGACGAAAUCAGAGCUUGGAAUGCGUUUGAGAGAGCCAAUGAUAUCCAAGAAGGGCCUCCAUUGAACCGUCGAAAGAGAAAGUCCCCUACUGCAUCUCCAAUCGAGCCGGAGCCUAGCCAGCCAGAAAGAAAAUUCAAGCGGCCACGAACUAAACGCCCGGAGGCUCUGGCAGAUAUCCUCGAACAUGGAGGGGAGUCAUCUAGUCGUGGCAGACUAACCAAUGGUGACGACCACGCCCUGCCAGGCAAUUCUCCGCCGUCCGGACCCAGCUUCCUCCAGUCCCUACUCAAGGAAGUUGAGGAAUCAUCAACACCCAACAUAAACAAUGGUCCAUAUAGACUCGCCUCUUCGUCCUACAACCCAACGGACAUGAGCUCUUCUGGCCCUUCAUCGCCUGCCCUUUCUCCACUCUCAUCUAGCCGCUCCUCCUCCCGUCCAUCAUUUACUACACCACCGCCGCACAACCACCUCGCUAGCCCCCUUGAUUCCACCCCAACCGAUGCAAACUUCUCCUCUCCUGAGUUCUCCCCUUCCCGCUCUCCUGCACUCGCACCCGACCCACUACCAGCAGAAUCUACACGACGUUCCCGGAGUCGCAUUCCCGUCACCCUUUCAUUCCGCCGCAAUGAUCUCUCUCCCUCCCCUCCCCGCCUACUCUCUGACGAAACGUCUCCCAGCCGCGGUCUAUCCCUCUCCACCAAAUCCCAUCUGCAAAAGAUGGUCAGCUCCUCACUUAAGCCGUACUAUCGUCGCAGGGAAGUUUCAAAAGAAGAGUAUACAGAUAUCAAUCGCAGGAUAUCUCGGCUUCUAUAUGACCAGGUCGACGCAUCCGGUGCCCUGGACUCCGAAACCAAAUCAAAACUUGCUAUACUUGCCAGUGAUGAGGUCAAAAAGGCCGUUUCUAUACUAAGGGAUCUAAGGACAAAUGAAGCCACCGAUAGUAGUGGUGCAGGGUCUGCCCUGGCUUCAUCUUGA